AUGAAGUAUCAAGUGGAGAGUGGGUACAAAGUCAAACCUGUGAAGAGUGAUCAGAAGCGUUAUACUGUUUGUUGUCUUUUCAAAGAAGAAAAAGGAUGUAAAUGGAGGUUCCACUCAUCUUUGGCAUUCAAAAACAGUCGUGCUUUUAAGUGCAAGAAUUUUAUAUUGGAGCAUUCUUGUGGUUUGGCGUGCUCUGAUCCUUCAAAGUUUCGAAUGACGAAUACUUUUAUCAAGAACAUUAUAAAAGACGAUAUUAGAGUUUCAACUAAGCAGAAAUCAGCUGCUAUCAUUCAAGAUUUGUUUUCCAGAGAGUAUCAAGUUGACCUAAGCUACCAUCAAGCAUAUCGUGGACUUAAAUAUUGCUUCAACAAGUAUUGUCGUCCUAUGCUGACAAUAGAUGCUACGUUUCUUAUUGGAAAGUUCAGGGGUGGUCUUAUGGUAGCUUGUGGGAAAACUGGCAACCAAGAGAUAUUUCCAGUUGCCUUUGGGAUUGUUUCUGGCGAAAAUAGUUAUAAUUGGCGUUGGUUUCUGGAAAAUUUAAAGGGAAAUGUCGAUGUUGAUCGUCCGUUGACCAUCAUAUUUGAUCGUGGAACUGGACUUUUGAACAUUGUUCCUGAAAUCUUUCCGAAUGCUUUUCACUCAUAUUGCUCGUACCAUAUGAAAGGCAAUAUUCCAGUUGUCAAAGGCAAGAGUAGACAAACUGCUAUUAAGUUGUUUGAGCAAUGCUCCAGUGUUGUCACCAAGGAGCAAUUUUUGAAGGCAGUUUCAAGCAUGGUCAAUCUGAAGUUGUUCUCUGUUAUUGAGUGGAUGAACAAGAUCCCACUGAAGAACUGGGCUGCUCAUGAGUUUGAAGGGGAAAGGUUUGGAGAACUUACAUCCAAUGUAGUUGAAAGCUUUAACAACUUGAUUAGGCACGAAAAGCGACUGAAAUCCAUCGAGUUGAUUGAAUGUAUUCGUGCUCGGAAAAUGGAGACAAUGUGGAAGAGGAAGCUUGCAGCUAGAAACUGGACUACAAGACUUACCCCUAAGAUGCAAACAAGGUUAGACAAGAGGAUAACUGACUGUUGUAGAUACAAGGUGCGUCGAGCCAGUGAAAAGGUAUUUGAGAUCAUAACUAAUACCGGGAAGAAUACUGUCGACUUGGACUCCCAUACCUGCACUUGUCAGUGGUGUAAAAAACACAGCUUCCCCUGCAGUCCUUCCGUGAAAGCUAUGGUGCAUAUUGGUGAGGAGGAGGUAUACAAGCACAUCACACCUUACUACACUGCCAAAUAA